AUGACGAUUCUUGCAAGUCGUAAGAAUGUUUAUUACCUGCCGGUGGGGCUCACACUAUUACAAAAAGAUUUGAUCGAAAUCCUGCUUUCAUUACAUGCACGUUCCUUCUUACAACAAUAUGAACCAGAUAGUGCUCUUCAACUAUCAGAAAUUAAGAAAGAACAUCCAUUAGCACUACCUGCUUUAUCUUCUAAGCAGCUAAUUUAUAUGUUGUCGACAAAUAUUAGGGCCAUAGCGAACCAUCCGUGCUUACUUGUCGAGCAUUACAUGCCUCGCCAACUUCUCCUAAUGGAACCUGGCGGGCGCUUGAUAGGUCCCAGUGACAAGUUCCGAAAGCUUGCACACUUGUUAGACAAUUUUAUUCGCCGUGAUCGUAGCCGCUUUCCCAAGCCGCUUCAAAUCGGUAUUAUUUCCCACAGUGUCAAGGAAUUGGAUCUGAUUGAGGGCUACCUACUCGGAAAGCCUGCAAAACUGAAAAGGCUGUCGGGGACAAGUCUUUUCGAUGAAAGGCACCUAUAUGGGGAUCCUGAGACCGAAGGAAGUUCCCCACCAAAUUCCACUGGCCAUACGAAAGAUGAAUAUGACUAUGGGAAGCGGAGCAAUGGUUCCAAAAAGGAUAGGAAGGAAGUCGACGAUUGGUUUUUUUUUGCAACAACAAAGCACAUGUCCCAUGCCCCAGGAUUAUUUGAUCCAUAUGACAUUGACGUAUUGAUCAGUUUCGAUCCUAUGAUUGAUGAAAAUUUGCCAUCAGUUGCGAAUAUGCAAAAAGGUAACAAGUCGGUACCAAUGGUCAAACUUUUGGUGAAGGAUUCGCCUGAUCAUUACAUGCUCUGCCAAGGAAAACUGAAUGAUGAGGACGCAUAUCUCAAGGAUUCGCUAAUCCACUUCAUCAAGAACAGACAAGAUAUAGACACGAAUGAAGAUCCUUACUGGAUGAGGCAGUUCGUCGAAACGUUGCUGGACGGAUCUGAACCUCUGAACACUUUGCCAGAGGUACAGCUAUCGAAUGGUAACAUUGACAAAACUCUUCUAGACUGCCUGACUACACAUGCUGCCCUUUCUCCGCUAGAGCAUGUAUCUUUCGAGCUGGCACCAUACAACGGCGAUCUUGACAUAAAAACUUACCAAGCAAAGCUUAUGGACUUAAUAGUCAAGCGUUUGACAGCUUGCCAAAAGGAAUUCCAAAUCAGGGAAAAGGAGGUGCUACAGAACAGACUUCGGGAAACCAUGAGGCAAACUCAAUUUGAUGAAACCAAAGUCGAGGUCGGUGUUAUGUUCAAAAACCUCAAGGACAGCGAGAGCACAGUUGCUGAUUCUGCCAAGAGACUGGCAAGUGUGAAAGGCGACUACGAAAAAGCACGCGACCGCUUAGUUAUUUUAGAAGAAAGAAAGCGUCGUCUAGAGAGCCUCAUAUCUAGUCAAUCUAUUUCGGAGGACCUUCGAACAAUGACAGACAACCUCACUAAUUUAAAAACUGAGUUAAUCGAGCUAACUGCGAAAAAUACCAAACAGUCUGCUCUCAAUGACGAGUUGCGGCUGCGGUACCAGACAAAAUCAACUGAGGCUGCAAACCAGUCGCUGACACUUAAACAGCUGCAGGAAACGCAUGAGCUUCUGAAAAAAGAGCUUUCAGGUCCUGCGAUCACACUGCGAACAACUGUAGCUUCGGAGCAAGAAAAGUUUCUGCAACGGCAACUCGAACAGCAUUCGCAACAGGCCAAGUUUCUACAGAACUAUAUUAAAAUGAUGCAGAAGCAGUACUCGCUCAAUGGCACAUCUGCUUCGAACUCUAGUUCUUCUUCCAACUCAAGGACAAGAAGAGGAAGAUCGACUGCGCCAGUAUAUACAUAG